GUCUGUCUGGGAGCGCGCAGGGCGGACACAAGUUAAGGGUUAGGCGCCGAGGUUAUACUAAACCAGGUGUGCGGCGCUCGCUCCCUCACUGAGGUUUCAGCUCAGGUCACGGAAUAGGAAUGGGGGGCAAACUGCAGGGGCUGCGGUUCCUGAUGCUACUCUGUGGGGUUACGCUGUCAAUUGAAUUUGAGGUUGAAAAAGACACAAAUGGAUUACAAGGAUUUUUAAAGGAUAUACAGGUGAAUGCUGAGAGCUUACGCCCAUUGAGACGCACAAAAAGGAGAUGGGUUCUGACGACUAUUGAGGUGGAAGAAGAGGAUCCUGGGCCAUUUCCAAAAUAUGCUUCAACACUUUUCAAUGAUAGGUCAGUUAAUUUAACAUUAAAAUAUUUAAUCAGAGGACCAGGAGUUGAUGAAUAUCCCACUGGUAUUUUUAGUGUAAAUGACACUGAUGGCCGAGUGUUUACACUUAAAACUAUUGAUCGAGAGAAAACACCAAGCUUUCGGGUGCAGUUUGAUGCUGCUGAGAGAAGAACAGGAAAAAUCGUUGAUGACUCUUUGGUAUUCAUUGUGCAUGUUCAAGAUAAGAAUGACAAUGCACCUAAAUUCAAGAAACCAUUGCAGAAUAUAAAUCUGAAGGAAAGUACACCCGAAGGUAACAUUGAAGUGAUGGUUGAAGCUGAUGACAUUGAUGAUCAUAGUACUCCAAAUGCCAAAAUCGUGUAUUCUGUAGUGUCUCAGACUCCACAUUCAACAACUGCUGUGUUUGGUGUCAAUCCUACAAGUGGAAUUAUGACACUGAAAGGCUGUCUUGAUUAUCAGCAAGUCAAAACUUAUCAAGUGGUUGUUCGAGCAGAAGACCAAGGAACACCCUCACUUUCAUCCACGGCGACAGUCAACAUCAAUCUUGUGGACUCCAAUAAUAACCCUCCAGAAAUUGUGAAAAAGAAGUAUGUUGGGAAUGUAAAGGAACGGGAAUCUAAUAUAACCCUCUUGAGGAUUGUUGUUGAAGAUAAAGACACACCAAAUACCCCUGCAUGGAAAGCCAAAUAUAGCAUUGUGCAGGGUAAUGAAAACAACAAUUACAAAAUUGUGACUCACCCUGUAAGCAAUGAGGGGAUUCUUACAAUCGUUAAGCCUUUGGACUAUGAAGUAUCUCCACAAAAGGCUUUAAUAAUCUCUGCACAAAAUGAAGAGCCAUUAUUUGUUUGUCCAUUAAAAAGUGGAAAAAGUGUCCCUCCGGCUAGCACUGUUUCUAUAAUGAUCAAUGUGGAAGAUGUAAAUGAUCCUCCAGUUUUUACACCAGAAAAAAUCAAGCUAAUACAGACAGAGGGUUUACCUCCUGGGCUGAAACUCUGCAAAUUCAAUGUUACUGAUUCAGAUGCAGAUCACAGUACCAUAAGAUUUGAAAAAGUGUAUGAUCCUGAAAACUGGGUAAAGGUUGACCCCAAAACAGGUGAAGUUGUUACCAUUGGAGAACUGGACAGAGAAUCACACUAUGUGAAUAACAGCAUAUACACAAUUAUUGUUUAUGCAAUUGAUGAUGGUAAACCUUCAAUGACUGGAACUGGAUCAAUACUUCUUUAUUUAAGAGAUAUAAAUGACAACAAGCCUUUUAUACUUAACAAACAUGCUCACUUAUGUGAAAAGAAAAGGUCUGUGGUAAUAAAUGCUGCUGACAAGGACUUGCAACCAUACUCAGGACCUUUCACUUAUGAGCUACUUGAUAAGGGGGGAAAUACAAAAAGCCCGUGGAGCUUGGGCAAGAUUUCAGAGAAUUCCAUUGAGCUAUUGAAGACUAAACAGCUUCCACAAGGAAAUUACACAGUGCCUCUGAAAAUUGUGGAUCAGCAAGGUAUAUCAGGAGAUGAUGCUUUGCAUUUAAGAAUCUGUAAAUGCAAUGAAGAGGAGGAAUGUGAACGUAUGGUGCCUAUCUCAGCAGGCUUGAGUGGUGCAGCAAUUGGUGCCAUUUUUGGAGCAUUCUUACUUAUGUUAUUACUUCUAUGCUUACUUCUGUUCUGCAAAUUUGGAGAAGAAAAGCAGUCUAAAUUCUCUGAAUUACUGGAUGGAGCAGGCCAGCAACAUCUCAUUAAAUACAAUGAAGAAGGCGGUAGCUCAGUUUCCAGUGCUGGACAAUUGCCAAUGCAUUCUCCAAUUAAAGAAAAUGUUUUAAAUGUGAAUAACACACUGGCUUCACAACCAAACUGGGGCAACAGUAAGAGGCACAGUAAUGGAGGACAACAGAGGAGCUUCAUGGACUCCGGACUACAAGGGACGGGGAGAUCUACCCAUUCACGCUUUUAUCGUUCCCAAAGCACCAGGGCAUCUAUAAGCCAUCAGCCAUCUGGGAAGUACCCUUGGUCAACAAGAAGUGAGCUGCAGGAGAUGAUUAAUAUGAAGGUCCAUAAUAUUGAAGAUGAUAUGGUCAACAUUUGGGAGGAUCAACCAAAGAUCUAUGCCAAUGAAGGCAAAGAGAACAUAAGCAGACAUCCAUCCAUGGGUGAUAUAAGCAUGAAAAGUGACAACAUUCAAUUAGACUUUUUUAAUGAUCUGGGGCCCAAGUUCAACACACUGGCUGGAAUUUGUCAGUCAAAAAUGAAAAAUGGAAAACAAAAGGUAACAUAUGAAUCAGAAUAAAGAAUACAUGGAAUUUUCAGUUUUAAUGGCCUUUUACAACAUAUUGUGUAGGGAGAAACUUUUGAAAUUUAGCUCAUUUUUUUCAUUUUCAGUAAGCCCCAGAGUUUUAUGUUGGUACACCAUUUUGCAAAACUUUAAAAUUAACACAUGCUGAGCAGAUGUGUGUAAAGUGUAAUACAUUACUGAAAAAAAAAAAAACUAAUAUAAAAUGAUAAAGUAAAACAUGUCAAUACACCUUGAAAUUAAUACAGAUAUUUAGAGUACAAAAAAGCCAUGGCUUUUUGUGUUGGUCACCCAUGCUUACAUGCACUUUUCUAAUGGAAGUUUCCAAUAAUGAGGAACUUUUUUUUACAAAGUGUGUUUUUGACAUCGUUUGUUACCAGAAUGGAAAUCAUUCUAUCAGUCUUGUGAUUUUUGCUUUCUAAAAGACAUUCAUACACACAGCCUGACUGCUUGGCUGUAGUAAUAUAUUGAGACAUGGGAGGGGCUGUUAUUUCCGGUUUUCAUAUAUUUUUAUACUUUUUAUAUACUGACUCAGAGACAAGCAGCAGUUUCAAAUCAGCUUUUGUAAAUUAGAAUCUGCAGACCUGUUUACAGCAUAAUGUAAGUCUAGCACUUCUCCAUUUUUACAAUUGUAUUUUGCAUAUGUACAGUUGCUCAUGUUUUUUUUUUUUUUUUUUUUGCAACUUGGUUUUGUGUUUGUUUGUUCUUGAAAAAAGAACUAAGCCUUUGUAAAGAUCAUCAAAACAAUACUUUCAAUUUAAAGUACAGUAUUUGGAAGGAUGGAAAAGAUUCUAAACCCUCCAUGGAAUUUGAAGAGAACAGUGAUUGACAUAUUAAAGAAUGGCACUACUUUUUUAUUAUUCAG